GAACAGCGUCUUUGAUUAUUGGCGUCGAGGUGUCCAUGUUGUGAUAGUAGUGAAGCCGAAUGCUUGUUGAAUAUUAAUUUACAACAAUUUCGAAACUUCAUUGCAGUCAAGGAGGUUUAAGACGAGGUUGGACGCGUUUCGCCGAACUUAGAUAGGUUUAAAUGAAAUUGGUCCUGACGCCAUUUUGAAUCUGAUUGCUGGCCCGGCGCCGGGUAGUAGACGUUGCUGUAAGGUGACUGGUUAAAUUGUUUAUUAUUAGAAAAGCAGGCUAAUUGACGGUUUUGAUUGCACUAGCCAUUCCAAGAUGAGCUACAGCAACUAUAGGCAGAGUGCACCAUCUGGAAUGACAAGAGGACGUGGUUUUGGUGGUCGUGGUGGAUCACGUGGUGGCCGUGGAGGUGGUGAAAGUUCAUGGGGUUCUACUGGACGUGGUACAGGUAGAGGUGGCUUUUCGGGUCCAUCACGAGGAAGAUUCAAUUGGUACAAGGAACAUUCUUCGCCCAGUUUUGAUUCUCGCAGUAGAUAUGGCUCAGGUGGUGUUGGAGAUGGAAGUGACAGGUACUCGAGUCGUGGAAGGGGUGAUGACUCUUAUCGUCGUUACAGCAGAAUGGAAGGCCCUGGUGGUUACUCAGGUAGAGAUCAUCAUAGAUCACCUGAAAGAAAACGAAUGAGGAGUGAUGGCUAUCCACAGGCCUCAUCUGCCAGACGCAGCCAUGAAGGAAGCUAUGGGGGUGGGACCGACUACAAUAGUCGCUAUAGUUACACUGAGGAUAAGGGAGGUUACGGAGAGGAGAGGGGCCGCGGAUAUCGCGAGGAAAGGCGGUCCGCAGGAGCUUUCAGAGACCGCUCAAGGGAAGAUUAUCCCCACAGAAAAGCAGAUCAUCUGGAUUCAGACAUGCCUCCACCCUCAAGUGGACCUCCUCGCCAUGUGUCCUCCCCCCGUGGCUCCUUCAGGGGAAGAAUUAGUAGCAGAGGCUCAAGAGGCCUAUCAAGAUUCAUGCUCGCCAGAAGAGCUGACUCCAUACUCGCCAGGAAGAGGAGAUUAGUUGAUUCUUACACGGUCCGCAAGCAAUAUCUAGCAAGAGCUCAUGCAGAGAGUUUGAGGAGGCUCAAGAUGCAAAAGUUAAGGAGGCUCAGAGAAGCAGCUGCAAAGAAAGAGAGUGCAAAGGCAGAAAAAGAUUCUGCAAAAGCUACAGAAGAUAUAAGUGACGAGGAGAAAGAAGCAAACUGGGAAGAAGGCAAAGCAGCCAAGAAGGCUGAAGAGCAAGAAGGCGAAGGGGAAGGAGAAGGUGGAGACGAGGAGGAAGACGAAGAGGAUGAUGCUGAAGAGGAGUUAGAGGAAGGGGAGACACCUGACAAAAAGGAAAAGAAGACGAAAAAGGUUAAAAAAGAGGUUAAGAAAGAAACCAAAGAUGAGGAACCGGAAGAAGGAGAAGAAGUUGAGGAAGAAGAGGAAGAAACAGAAGGUGGAGAAAAAACAGAUAAGACUGAGAGUGAGAAGAAAGAAACUAAAAGUAAUGGAGGAGUUCAUGUUACAAUUAAGCAGGGUUCUGAUGAUCGAGCAGUGAGUGAAGAAGAGGGCCAUCGCCGGACCAACUUCCUGUCAAGGCCUUUCAUUCGGUUGACUUGCCCACACUGUUAUUCGAGGUGCAUAACAUUCAAGGAGUAUGCAUUGCAUCUGUACUCAUCAAAACAUGGUAAUGCAAUGCGUAAGCAGGCUUUGAAACAUAAACAGACUCUUGCCCGCAUGCGUUUGUCGCAGCGCCAGAAACAACGCAUUAUUGAAGAAAAUGAAGAACUGAAAGGCACUUUGUCAUCAAGAAACAAUUUUUGCCCAAUUUGUAAGUUGUAUUACAGACAACUUAAAACAAAACACCAAGUGUCAGAAGCACACCGUGCUAUGAGGAAGUUUUUGAUGCCAUAUUGCAGCACUUGCCGAAUGGGUUUCAAAUCUCCCAUGAUGUAUGAGAAUCACAUAUGUUCACUGGAUCAUAUCAAGAGAAAAGCACUCUUAGAUGAAAGAAUGAGGGCUCGUCGUUCAAGAAGUAAUGAGCCAAGUGGAGGUGAAGAGGAAGAGAAGGAAGUAAACAUGGAUAAAUUCAUGAUCUUGGAUUCUGUGGGUACAGUUGAUGAUAGUGGCGAUGAAGAGUCAGAAGGUGAGGGGAAGUCAAAGGAAAAUAAAGAUGGUGAAGAGAAGAAAUCGAAAACAAAAAUUUGUUUAGGUGCAGAGUACGUUAAGAAAGUAGAAGUUUAUUUUUGUGAUUUGUGUCGUCUUUAUCUGCCACGGUUUGAUAAUCCAGAAAGAGAACUUUCAAUUCAUUGUCGCACACGCACACACUUACAGCGCUAUGUGCGUUAUCGCGAUGAUAGGGCUCUCAGAAAAGAAGCAGAGAGAAUUCAUCGCAAGGAAAUGGCUAAAGAAAAUGCAGAAAAAGAUUCUUCCAAAGAUGAAGAAAAGGGAGAAUCAAAUGAGAAUGAGGAUGACAAGGAUGCUACUGAGAAUAAGGAUGAUUCUACCAAGGAUGGAGAUGGGUCUGGAAAGAAGGAAAAUGAGGAAGGUGAUGCUUCGCAUGAUGAAUCUAGAGCAGCAGAUCUUUCUUUCGAAAACAAUGCUGAGUGUCGCAUGGAUGGAGAAAAUGUUGAUGUUGAUUUGGAUCAAGAUUUGGAAGCUGGAAUGGAUGACAAACUUUGGGCUGAUGUUGAUAAAGAUUUAGGAGACUUACUUAGAGAAGUAGAACCUGGAAAUAAGUCUUCUGAUGAAGAUGAAGAUUCUAGAGCAGAGGGUGGCAGAUACGACAGAUUCCGCUAUAGUGAAAAGGGUAAUGCGACAGCUAACCCAUCAGAUUCAGAAGUAGUUGAAUCUACCACAAAAACUGCUGCAGAGACAGAAGAUGAGCCAAUGGCAGAGGGUGAUGGUGAUGAGAAAAAGUCUUCAGAUGGUAAAACUGAAGGAGAAAGUACAGUGAAGAAAGGCGGUAAUACAACUCCAACACCUUCAACAACUGUUGAUUAAUCGCAUUUUAAAAAUUUUUUCAAGAUUUUCAUUAGACAUUUCCAUGUAUAGGUUAGAAGUUAAUUUGAAAUAGGUGUAGAAACUAUAUAUAUAUAUAUAUAUAUAUAUAUGUAUCUCUAACUAUAUAAACAACACAGAAAAUGUGUGCACAUAUGAUCUGCAGCUCCCCUAUGAAGAAUUGCUUAGAAAAAUACAUAAUUAGUGUCACUUGCAAUCAAAGUCAAUCUUUUACAUACAUUUUUGUUGCAGAAAUGUGUUCUCCUUGAAAACUUUACUGUCAAAACACAAUUACAAUGCUUGUAUGUGGACUUAUAGAUAUGUGAUGGUGUUUGUUUCCUGGCUUUAUAGAACACAUUUGCGAUAACACACGAAGCUGUAAUGUGUUGUAUUGUUGUAAACAUCUCAGAUCCACAGUGGAUGAAAUGAGUUCCAUUAAGUCAUCCAUAAAUUGUUUCUCUCAUCCCUUUGCUUUCUUCGCAUAUAUUUUAGGCUAUGAAAAGUAAUGUAUGCCAGAUAUCAUAAUGACUUACUGGUGCAUACAUAAAUCUUACAAAUUAAAAACAAAGGAAUGUUGUAAGUUGAUGUUUAAAAAUGUACAUGCUGAACUCCUGACUGAAUAAGGGUAUUUGUGUUCUGUGAUCAUCUAGCUAUUUUAACGUAGUUAUUCAUGUAUGGACUUGUUAGAAAUUUGUAGUUAUUCUAUAUAAUACCUGAAGGAAGUUGUAGACAAAACCAAUUGUUGAUAGACUUUCAGGCAAUAUCAAAUGUAUGUCAUGUAUGUGUAUGGUAAAUAAAUUUUAGUUAUUCUUACAUCAA